AUGGAUGGUACUUUCUAUCAAAAUUUGUUAUUUAUCAAUGCGGACUACAACUAUAGUGCAACUGGUUCUGUGCAGCACAGUACAUCAUAUUUGCCCAAAAAUAGUUCAAAGACUUGUGACUAUAACUGCAUUUGUUGUGUUCGAUUCCAUGUUGGAAACCCUUGCCCUUGUAAUGCAUCAAAAACAUCCACUGGUACACAAACUGACCUUGAAGUUCCCCAGGGGCUUGAUUCCGAGCAAUUUUGGAAAAGAGGAACUUAUGAGCACAACAUUUUGCAGAAAUCUGUACAUGAUUUUAUACAAAAGCACAAUCUCAGUGGGAAAACAGAUGCCAGUUGGGAGCAAGCAACCAGUGAAAUUAUGACAUCCUUCACCAAAGACAUGGACCAAUCUCAAUCAAACCGACAGAAAGUCCAGCAGCGUAUGCGAAAAGCCAUCUAUUGGAUUAAAUUCUAUGGGAAGAAGAAAACUGAAGCUGUCAAGGAUAGACAAAAAUCAGUUUAUCGCUUCUUGUGCAAGUCCAGAAACCGAAGAGCCAACACAUUAACCGAAACAAGCACCUUGUUAAGGGGCGAGCAUGAUAUAGGAGCAGACAAUCGUGGAGCUGAAAAUCUAGAAGAUUCAACCCCAACGACAGCCAUACACCUCUCUGAUGAUGACGACAGCUCAGACAGUGAUGUCCCCUUGUCAGCUUACACCAAGAAAGGAAAGAAAUCCACUAGAUCCAAACAUGCAACAAAAUGA